GUGUGUAUAUAGCGAGGCAUCAUGCCCCAGGGCACCAGAAAGCGGAUCUCACUGCCAGCAGAGGCUUAGAUGCACCACUGAAGCGGGCGAUCGGCGUCUCACAGAGAUCUCUGUCUGCUUUUGACCUGCACAGAAGGCAACGUAUAAAAUCAAGAAAAAUCCGGAACUGGCAAAGACAAAAGACCUUUGGGAUUCUACAAACAGUCUGGAUUUUUGUUUCCUGUUCCUGUUCCUCAUUCUGAACUAAACACAGAGGAAACGUCACCGUGGAACAUGAAGGACAUUCUCCAGUACCCCACAUCCCAGUUGCCACGCUACAGCCACUACUCGCCCGUGCAGUACAGGAAGAGUAGCUACACAGCUACGCUGUACACCCCCACACACUACACCCCAACAGCACAUUAUACCCCCAAGCAGAACUCAUCUACGCGCUACACUGCUUCAAACUACACUCCUUCACAUUACACUCCUUCGCAUUACACCCCUUCGCAUUACACCCCUUCGAAAUGCGGCCGCACGCAGUGCAGGUCCUCCCCUGUGGCACUCAAGCCGGCUCGCAGUGUCCGCUUCCCCAAUGACAUCGUCUUCCAGGAUCACAUCCGGCAGGGCGACCUGGAGCAGAUCGGGCGGUUCCUCAGGGCUAAAAAGGUGCGACUAGACACCAUCUACCUGUCGGGCAUGGCGGCGCUCCAUGAGGCCGUGCUGACAGGGAACCUGGAGUGCGUGAAGUUGCUGGUGAAGUACGGGGCUGACGUGCACCAGCGGGAUGAAGACGGCUGGACACCGCUGCACAUGGCGUGCAGCGACGGCUACCCAGACAUUGCCCGGUACCUGCUCUCCCUGGGGGCCAGUGUGGAGGCAAAAAAUGAAAGCGGGGAGAAGCCGGGCGACCUCAUCGACGCUGACUGCAAGGAGCUGGUUCAGCUGUUUGCGGUGGGCUGUGCCUGAAGCCAGACUGGGCAUGGCCAACUCAGAUGGGGCGUGGCCUACUCAGACUGGGCGUGGCCUACUCAUGGGGCAUGGGCUUACCUGGGCUGCAGCCCAGAGGCCUCUACAAAACCACCACCCCCUUGUCAACAGCCUUUACCAUCACCAGCCCCCAACACCCCCUUCCCUGUUGAGGACUGCACCAUCAAAGUCAAUAGCAGGGGGGUCUCUGAGAACUAAAAUAGCCAAGGGGCCUUCAACCAAGUUAAUCUCCGGCUCCAAACGUGCACCCUAACACCACCUAAGGGACAGUAGUGACUGGACUGUGGCAGUGAUGUAAACCCAGCUUCCUCUUUGAGAUGUUAAUCCACUUAGUCGACUGGGAAGGUCGCCACUAUUUGGAUGCCUUGUAAUACAGACCCCUUGAUCCUGUCAACCUUGUUAACCCUCCAUGUAUGUCUUAACUUCUGAUGAUCUCUUACGUAACCAAUCCAGUUUGUUCCAGCCACCUUGCCGGCUACUUGAAUGUAGUAGCUUGUGAGGGCUUGAUGCAUUUGGACAAAAUGUCACAUUGUAUAACGUGACCAGUGUAUAAUGAAAGCGUAGAAAGUGUGAUCUCAUAGGUGUGCAUGCUUUAGGAGAGAAUAUAGUGUGUUUUCUGUUCUGCUGUGCAGACUGCUGGACACUUUAAUACUUGUAUGAACAGUUCACUAUAAAUAGUGAAUGAAUAACUGAGAGGACAGUUAAAAACAGUAACAAUAAAUCAGUGAUAUUGUAAAUCAUGACAGGAGUGCAGUUCUGACCUGCUAACAAUGUAUGUUAUGUGAUGAACUUGCAAAGUCUCCUUAAAGUCUUACGGUUUUUUUUUAAGUGCAAUUUUUCAUAUAUAAAGUUUCUUUUUAUGAUAGUUUUAUAAACAUGUUUUGUAUUUGUGUGAUAUUUUAUGCAGGUUAUCAAAUUUCACUACCUGGGCAUUAUACUGUUACUCAACACAGUCAUUAGUAGAUUAUAAAUAAUAGGCAUUAAAUAUUAUUUGAAUAAUA